GUGACACACACGGUAACACACGCACGGCGACACACGCAGCCCGAGCCGGUGACAGAGAGCAGGGGGUCCAGGCGUGAACAUGACGGCGACCUUUCCCAAAAAGAUCAGCCCCAUCCUAAUGACCCCGGAUCCCCAUUAUAUUCCCGGGUACAGCGGAUUCUGCCCUCAGUACAAAUACAACCUCGGGAGAACCUACGGGAAGCUCACCUCGCAGCUGCUGACCUGCCCCGACAUUCAUCACUCGGGGCAGUUAGUGCUCCAGUCCUGCCCCUUCCCGCCCCCUCGCAUUAAUCGGGAUCUCCCCGAGACACCAACGAGGAGAAGGAGGCUGCGCUCGGGGGACCAGAAGUUAAACUGGAGCAUGAUCCCCGGAUACACCGGUUUUAUCCCCAAGUCUCAGAAUUUCUUUUCUAAGACGUACACAGAAACCAGUAAGGACGCCCUUGGGGACUUCCAGAAAGACCAGCAGCGGCAGGAAGCCCAGAGGCAGGAGCAGACCCUGGCCACCAAACUCCAGAAUGGACAACAGCAGCCGCAGACUGAGCGCGAGAAACAGCUUCUCAGGUCCAAAUACCGGACGCCACUCCCAGCCUUGUCUAAAGAGCCGGCGCUCUACUGCUCCCAAACUCCCUUCGAAUCCCAGAUGUCUCCUUACUACAUGGAUGAGGAAAACCCAAACAAGUAUUUCAUCUCAGGUUACAUGGGAUACGUUCCUCGGUCCCGAUUCCUCAUUGGAACCGGGUAUCCGGUCACCACCAACAGAGCCAUGGUGGAGUUCGAGCGAAUGAACUCGAAGAAGGAUAUAAGACCGUCUGCCAGCCAAGAACCCCAGAAGAAUGGGCUGCAGCCAGACCAGAGCCACAUCUACUUGGAGGAGCUGGGCUUGCUUCCUCGUUACACCGGAUACGUGCCAGGUUACAAGUUCCAGUUUGGGCACACCUAUGGGCAACUUACCCAAGAUGCCCUGGGGCAGAGUACUCUGCAGAAGCAAGUUCUGGACUAGAAGCCAGAAGACAUCUCCAGUUGUGACUAUAAUUCCCUCUUCGGAAACACAAUUCAGUGUCCAAGACAGGAACGCUCCAGGGAUGGAAAUCACAGCAAAUUAAUGACUUCUUCCUUCUAUCAAAUCCACAUUUCAAGGAGAAUCUUAAAUUAAUUUCUAAUUUAGUUCCCUUCCCCCACUUUUCUGUUUCUAUGUACAUUGCGCAAGUAAAAGUCCUGAUCAGGGUUCCCAGCAAACAUUCUCCUUUCUUCAUCUCAUUUGAGCGGGACCUUUGCUCAUGGACUGAUUAACUCACCUGUGGUCAAGUGAGGACACCCGGUCUUAUCCGCUUCACAGUGCUACGGAAUCCGGUGCUUCCAAUUGGUGCUUUUGCCCCCAGUAUAUUAUGGUUGAUACUCCUACUUGAAUGCAGGUGACUCAAUUAAGUGCAUCUUCAAAUAAAGUCAAGGUUUCCAUGGCGACAGGCAUUUGGGUUACACAUUUGAUGAGUCGCUACAUAGAAUAUACAUGAUAAGCUAUUAAAGGGUUAACAUUUAAAGAGUCCCAGGGGCAACUCACUUAGAACGU